UUUAUGGAAAAACUUUAAAAAUGUUAUCUCAUUUUCUUCUAGGUAUCCUCAUGGGAGCUUUUAUAAAAAUCAUAGAGGCUCAAAAGCUGGCCAACUGGAAGGAAGAAGAAAUGUUUCGUCCAAAUAUGUUUUUUCUGCUUUUACUUCCACCUAUUAUAUUUGAAUCUGGAUAUUCAUUGCACAAGGGUAAUUUUUUUCAGAACAUAGGUUCCAUCACUCUAUUUUCUGUAUUUGGCACAGCAAUAUCAGCUUUCAUUGUAGGUGGAGGAAUUUAUUUUCUUGGCCAGGCUGAUGUAAUUUAUAAACUUAACAUGACAGACAGUUUUGCAUUCGGCUCUUUAAUAUCUGCAGUUGAUCCAGUGGCUACUAUUGCCAUUUUCAAUGCCCUCAAUGUGGAUCCAGUACUUAACAUGUUGGUUUUUGGAGAAAGCAUUCUCAAUGAUGCAGUCUCUAUCGUCUUGACCAACACAGCAGAAGGUUUGACAAGAGAAAAUAUGUCAGAUGUAAGCGGAUGGCAAACCUUUCUACAGGCGCUGGGAUACUUUCUUAAGAUGUUCUUUGGCUCUGCAGCACUUGGCACACUUACUGGCCUUAUUUCUGCAUUAGUGCUAAAGCACAUUGAUUUAAGGAAGACCCCCUCUCUGGAGUUUGGCAUGAUGAUUAUCUUUGCUUACCUCCCUUAUGGGCUUGCAGAAGGUAUCUCACUGUCAGGUAUCAUGGCAAUCCUGUUCUCUGGCAUCGUGAUGUCCCACUACACACAUCAUAAUCUGUCCCCAGUUACACAGAUUUUAAUGCAGCAGACACUGAGAACUGUUGCUUUCAUGUGUGAAACGUGUGUUUUUGCUUUUCUUGGCCUGUCAAUUUUUAGUUUUCCUCACAAGUUUGAAAUGUCCUUUGUCAUCUGGUGCAUAGUACUUGUUCUCUUUGGUAGAGCUGUGAACAUUUUCCCACUUUCCUACCUACUCAACUUUUUCCGUGAUCAUAAAAUCACUCCCAAGAUGAUGUUUAUUAUGUGGUUUAGUGGUUUACGUGGCGCAAUUCCUUAUGCCCUCAGCCUCCAUUUGGGCUUGGAGCCAAUAGAGAAGAGGCAGCUCAUUGGCACUACAACCAUCAUCAUUGUGUUGUUCACAAUCCUGCUGCUGGGGGGAGGAACCAUGCCCCUCAUCAGACUGAUUGACAUCGAGGACUCCAAAGCACGCAGGAGGAACAAGAAGGACAUUAAUCUUAGCAAGACAGAGAAGAUGGGGAAUACCAUAGAAUCGGAACAUUUGUCAGAACUCACGGAGGAGGAGUAUGAAGCCCAGUACAUAAAACGCCAAGACCUCAAAGGGUUUAUGUGGUUUGAUGCCAAGUAUUUGAAUCCUUUCUUCACAAGAAGACUCACACAAGAAGACUUGCAUCAUGGGCGCAUACAGAUGAAAACCCUCACAAACAAAUGGUAUGAAGAAGUACGACAAGGACCCUCAGGAUCUGAAGAUGAUGAGCAAGAGCUGCUAUAGCAAACUGGGGAAGGGAGUUUAUCAUUAGGACAUCGAUGACUGGAUU